AGAAUAAAUCGCAUAUUUUCUAGAGCGCUGACAUUCCGUGAAACGAAACGAUGUUAUAGAGGACCGACAAAAACGGACGUAUUCUCUUCCAAUCUUUUACUGCAUUUUGCUGCAUUUAUGGAUGGAUGUUCGCAACAAUCCCUAUUGAUCCAUCUCGCAUUCAAGGUCAUUGCUUUGUAUGACUCACGUCAUACCCACCAACGGAGACGCCUGACCCGCACCAAUGCGGGUACAGACGUCACUCCGCAAUCAGCUGGCAGUUCUUUUGUCUCUUAAAACCCAUAUAUACGAAUAUACGAACGUAACGGAGUUAUACGAACCAAAGGAGACUCCGUCACUUAUAUAUGCAAGACAUUUGUAAUAUAAUUUAGCUAAACAAUGGCCGUUGCACAAUCGGAAAUCAUCAACCUGCCUUGCCGGAUGGCCAAUCAUAUCCCCCAAUAUAGGGAGACGAAUAGUAACAAAAGCGACACUUGGAUUUUUGUUGCUCCCGUCGACGGCACGGUGGAUCGCCUGAAAGACCAGUUGCAGACAGCCCACAGCAACAUAGCUUUUCUUCAAGAGCAGCACUCGCAAAUGCUUAUCGGAUUGCACCAGGAAAUCGGAAGGUUGCAAAGGAAUACGCAAGAUCUUCAGAGGAAGUUAGAACUGAGCGAUUUGUUGGUGGAUGAAGAGCCCUUAAGGAAGAGGAUUUCCGAACUGGAACUGGAAGUGGCUCAUUGCUGUCAGCGGAGCGAUUUCCUGUCCAAAGAACUGGAAAACGCCAACAACGUAAUAGCGGCGCUGGACCGGAAGUUGAAGCUGCAGGAAUGGCAACACCAGAACGCCAUCGAAGAACAGAAGAAAAUCAUUUCGCGACUGGAAUACGAACUGGAACUUAAGUGCUCGAAGCUGGCCGAACUGAAUUCCAAACUGAACAACAACAACAAGAAACGAUCGUUUUUCCAGAAGAUGUCGUUUUCUACGCCCAGGCUACCUUCCGUUACUCUUCCUCCGUUCCCGAAAUCUAGAAUUUCGCUGGAUGGUGCCUCCGCCCGGUCGAGUCCAUCCCCAACGUACCAGGAGGCCAGAUCUUACUCCCUUCCAGAGAGCGGAAGGCUUCCAUCCAUUCAACUCUCGCAGUUUUCCGGAGAUUCGGAGUUUUCCAGAAGAUCCCAGUGCCAGUCUCUGUCGUCGUCCACUUUAUCCAACGAAAGCCUGUGCAACGGAUUCUACGAACCCAGGCUAUCUUCUCUAACCGACGACACUAGUCAAAAUGGCCCCCCGUCCAUAGAGAAGGUGGGCUCGAGUUACCCUCAACACGUCUCCAGCAUUGUACAGUUCCAGCCCACGAUUCAUUCCGUCGAGUUGAAAAACAGGCUACCCCAUCUUCAUUCCGGAUCGUCGCAGAGAUCUCACGUCAGGCGCCAGAUCAGGGUCCACCGAGAGGCUCAAGUGCCGGGUUUGAAACCGAACAAGUUAUUAAACCCACCGGAAGACGAGUGUAAGAACACUACUUACACAUAAAUGACGUCAUUUUAUACGGCCGGAUAAGUGCUUUGUACGCUCCGUGUUACCAAAUUAUAGGAUUAUUUAUGUACCGUACUUACUGUACAUUGUUUUUUUUUUGAAAUUGUUGUUCCGUUUGAAGAUCUCGAAUUAUUAAAAUUCCAAAGUAUAUAAUGUA